UGAAAGAUAUGAUGAUAUUGUAAAUAGCCGGAUAUAUCCUCAACCACCUGAAAUAGAAAUAAUAUCUAUGAAUUCAUCUAUCUUAAUACCUCAACCAGAAAUCUUGCCUAUACAUAGCUUAUCAAGUGCCAGAAAUCCUGAGCAAGUAAUUUCUUUGAGCAAACUAGCGACAAAAAAGACUAGCAGAAAAUCAGAAUCAAAAACUAUAAAUCAUUCUAUCUUAUCAAUACCAGGAAGUGAUGUGCAAGCUAGAAUGGAAAAUUUACGAAAAUAUAAAAAACAGCUUCAAGCUGAAUCUUGA